UAGACAAGUAGAGUGAUUUCCCUUUAAUUAGUUGUGCAAGGCGAAAGCAGAAACUGUGACGUUGUCGUUGAACAUUUUUUAUUCUUCUACACAUUUUAUGACUGCUGUCUCAAUAUGAGGACGUACAAAGAAGAGUUGUCUUACUUGAACAAGAUCACACCCAACUGUUGGCAGAUCAAGAAAGGUUUUGUUGAUAAUAUGAAAGUUGAAGGUCGUUUCUAUGUGAACGAUGCGUUGGAGAAGUUGAUGUUUGACGAACUCAAGCAGUCGGUUAAUAACAAGGGUUUUGGAGGAUUCCUGCCAGGAAUAAAACAGAUUGCCAAUGUUGCCUCCCUGCCUGGAAUUGUUGGAAAUUCUGUUGGUCUACCAGAUGUUCACUCAGGUUACGGGUUUGCCAUAGGAAAUAUGGCUGCUUUUGACAUGAGUAACCCAAAGGCUGUGGUUUCACCAGGUGGUGUCGGGUUUGACAUAAACUGUGGUGUGAGACUUUUAAGGACAAACCUACACAAAGACGAUGUGUUGCCACUAAAAGAACAACUGGCGCAGUGCUUGUUCGACCACAUUCCUGUUGGUGUCGGCUCCAGGGGCAUCAUACCUAUGAAUGCACAAAAUUUAGAAGAAGCAUUAGAGAUGGGUAUGGACUGGUCCCUAAGAGAAGGUUAUGCAUGGGCUGAAGACAAGGAACACUGUGAAGAAUACGGUCGUAUGUUACAGGCUGACCCCUCCAAGGUCAGCAAUCGAGCAAAGAAACGAGGACUGCCACAGCUGGGAACACUGGGUGCUGGAAACCACUAUGCUGAGAUUCAGGUUGUUGAAGAAAUAUAUGACAAUUAUGCUGCCAAGAAGAUGGGAAUAGAGUUCAAAGACCAGAUUUGUGUCAUGAUUCACAGUGGAAGCCGGGGGAUGGGCCAUCAAGUUGCCACAGAUGCUCUGGUAGCGAUGGAGAAGGCUAUGAAACGAGACCAGAUUGACGUGAACGAUCGACAGCUGGCGUGUGCCCACAUCAAUUCCCAGGAAGGUCAAGACUACCUGAAGGGAAUGGCGUCUGCCGCUAACUAUGCUUGGGUGAACAGAACCAGCAUGACCUUCCUAGCCAGACAGGCAUUUGCGAAGAUUUUCCAGACGACCCCUGACGAUCUUGACAUGCAUGUCAUCUACGACGUUUCACACAACAUCGCCAAAGUGGAGGAGCAUUUCCUAGACGGCAAGCAGAAAACACUGCUUCUACACAGAAAGGGAUCGACCCGUGCAUUCCCACCUCAUCACCCACUUAUACCGGUCGACUAUCAGUUAACAGGCCAGCCUGUCCUGAUUGGUGGAACAAUGGGAACAUGCAGUUAUGUUCUCACAGGAACAGAACAAGGCAUGAUAGAAACAUUCGGAACAACAUGUCAUGGAGCUGGGAGAGCACUCUCCAGAGCGAAGUCCCGUCGUAAGUUAGACUACAUGGACGUGCUGCAUGCAUUGGAAGAGAAGGGAAUCAGUAUACGAGUGGCAUCACCAAAACUGGUUAUGGAGGAAGCACCAGAAUCUUACAAGAAUGUCACUGAUGUUGUAAAUACAUGUCACGCUGCUGGAAUCAGUAAAAAGGCUAUCAAGUUACGACCCAUUGCAGUCAUCAAAGGCUGACCAAAUGACUUACCAAUAGAACUGAUCGUGCUAACUGGUGCAUCACAAACCAAACUAUAUCAUGAAUGUUUCAUUCAUCCUGUCCUCGGUUUGUUUUAUUCCAGCUUAUACAAUUGUUAUUGGUUCUAGUGGCUUGGAAUAUGACUAACAAGAUUGUGAACAACAAUGGAAUAGUUAUAAUCCCCAUUGUUUAUGGAACAUUUAGAAUGUGGAAUUAUCGCCAUAUGAAAUGUAUUGAUAAGUUUUAAUGGUAGUUCUGCCACUGAAUGUAGUGAUAAUUUUCAUUACAGUUUGGGCUUCUUCUUUUUUUCUUUCUUUAGUUUUUUUAUGAAGAGAGACCUAACAAAGUCCUAUUUUGUGAAUUGUGGACAUGGUGCAGUUAUGCUGUUUUGUUAAUUGUCUAAUGGUGGAUCCAUACUAUUUCAUGAAUUGUUUAAUGGUGAAUCCAUAAUAUUUCAUGAAGUGUCUAAUGGUGGAUCAUACUAUUUCAUUAAUUGUCUAAUGGUGAAUCCAUAAUAUUUCAUGAAGUGUCUAAUGGUGGAUCCAUACUAUUUCAUUAAUUGUCUAAUGGUGAAUCCAUAAUAUUUCAUGAAGUGUCUAAUGGUGGAUCCAUACUAUUUCAUGAAUUGUCUAAUGGUGAAUCCAUAAUAUUUCAUGAAGUGCUGCUAUUUCAUUAAUUAACUGUUGGUCAAACCCUACUAUUUUAUAAAUUAUGUUGAAGUUACUGCAUAAAAUUACAGGCAUAGUUAUUUAACAUCCAUUAGCCAAUGAUUAAUAAGUCCAUGUGCUCUAGUGGUGUCAUUAAACCAAACAAACUUUAAUUUUAGCAUGGUUAUUGCACACUUACAAUGUUUUAAUUGACAGCUGAUAGUUCUGAGUGCGAAACAUUGUACGUGUGCAAUAACCAUGGAUGCCAACGUGUGCAAUAACCAUGGAUGCCAACGUGUGCAAUAACCAUGGAUGCCAAUGUAUGCAAUAACCAAAGAAGCCACGAGUUAGGUUAUGCAAUAACUGAUUUGUACCAUGCCCCUAAAUGAUGAUGCAGAGAGAACAUUUGGCUCAGUGAGAGGCGAGGUAUUAAAAUCUGUGCAGUUAUUGGCAUACACAUUUAUUGCACACUUUUGUCAAUGGAAAAAAACAGUCUAAGCAUUGUACAAAUAAUUGUAAAGCCUUAGGACCAAAUUUACAAAGCCUGUUUUUGGUUAAACGCAGGUUUUGUAAAGUGGGCCCUUAGUAAUUAUAUGAAAUGUAUAAUGGUGAUUUGACAUCCAAUAGCCGAUGAUUAAUUAAUCAGUGUGCUUCAGUGGUGUCGUUAAACCAAACAAACUUUUAUUUGUAUAAUGGUGAAAGCUUGCUAUUUCCUGAUCUGCUGCUAUUUCAGUAAUUGUCUGAUGGUGAAGCUCAUUUAUAAUGACUAAUGCAUAUUCAGGGAAUCUGCAUCUUUUAUCACCGUAUACACUGAAUACAGGUGUUGGUGUCAUUGUUAAAGCUUUUUAAAAGGAAUUUGUUGUUAUCAGGUUGUGGUAGGGGACAGUUGACCAGUUUACUGAAUGAUGUAGUAUCAAUGGUUGCUAUUACAACAUCAUGGAGUGUGUGGUAGACAAAUGGUGUGUUCAUGACCGCAAAGCUGUUUGUUAUUUUUUUAAUUAAUCCAAAAACAAUCUGUCAUUUGUAAAGCUUUCUGAAAAAUGAUGUGCUUUGAGACAGCUUUAAAAUAAUUAUUUGGUUUAUACAAAUACAAACUUUUGUUGGAAACUACCUGACAUACAUUUGUUUUUAUUUUUGACACAUAGUUUUCCAGACUUAAAAGUUUAACUUUUUAGCAGUAUCUCAAGAUAUUUAGCAGAAAUUUUACCAUGUAGAAAUAUAGUUAACAUUUGACUUUUAUUGGAAUUGGGAAAUUUUUUAAUGUGCACAUUCAGAGCAAGCUGUUGUAGCGCACGCCUGGACUGUUAUGGAUGAUUCGCCUAUUUAUGACAGUUAUCUGACCCUUUAACUCAGGACAUAAGAAACUUUGUUGUGCUUGGUAGAUGACAUGUAUUGCUUUAGCAGUACUCUCAGAAUGCUUGUUUAACAAUGGCCUCAUGUCACAUGGUAUCUUAAUGGAUACAAAAGCAACAGGUGAUAUGGUUUUGCAACUGUGUUAAAAGUACCAAUAUGUACUUGUACUGUUAAUACAUAAAAUAAUUGCAUCUCAAACCAUGUUAUGCUUGGACAAAAAUAAAUUGUUUAUUCCU